AUGGGUGAAGGUGGUACAUUAGGAAUGAUGACAAUGUCAACAUCCUCGUCUUGCUGGGCUAGCAACACGCCCUACUUGACCAGUCUGGCUUGGUGUAUGCACGAAAAAUGCCAUGAUGUACCGACCUGGAAGCUGGAAUAUUUUUGGGCCACCGAAGCGACUGGACAAGGCACCACUGGCAUACAGAUUGUCACUCCAAAAUGGAUCUAUUCUGAAGCACUAGCGAACCUGACGCAGGCUCCUACCUCACAGCUCACAACUGAUUCCGAGUGGCUCAACAAGACCUCUCUUGUUUCGCCAGAGGUAUACGAAGAACAGUGGAAUGUAUUGGUGAGCGUGCAAGAAGAAACAACGCGAGAGAAUACCUAUGGUAUCGCGGUGUUGGUGACCGGAUUCGGCACUCCUAUAGUCCUCACUGGGCUCUCAUACCUACCCAUCUCAUCUAGGCUGGUGACGAAACUCAAGCCAUAUUUAUUAUGGCCCAGCACAAUCGGAACAUACCAGGUUCGGUCCCUUCCCUACCUCCUAGGCAAUGCGCCCACGAUCGGUCAGGCUCUGUAUGUUGCCAUGUUCGUCAUCCUAAACAUCAUCUUGACGGCCGUGAACUACCACUCCCGCCAGCCUAAUGCGUGGUAUUCGAACACCUGGAGGGAAAUUAUGGCUUAUGUUCUCUAUCGAACAGGUAACCUGGCCUAUAUAAUCUCUCCAUUAAUCUUCCUCUUCGGCGGUCGCAAUAAUAUCCUUCUUUGGGUGACAAAUUGGUCGCAUUCAACCUUCCUUGUUCUUCAUCGCUGGGUGGCUCGAGUUUUUGCAGUGCAAGUUCUUCUUCACUCAAUUGUUGCCGUCGUGCUAUACAAGGCUGAAGGUACAUAUGACACACAAGUGAAAGCACCCUACUGGAUCUGGGGAAUCGUGGCCACACUGUGCGUGGUGAUUCUUACUUUCGGAAGUGGGCUUUGGAUACGAAUUUUUGCAUACGAGUUCUUCCUGCUUAUGCACAUAGUCCUCUCUGUGAUCCUGAUUGUUGGCUGUUGGUAUCAUGCCUACGAUCUAUAUAAGUUCCUUGGUGGAAUAGAGGAUUGGAUUUAUGCCAUGGCUGGUGUAUGGUUCUUCGACCGCUUGCUGCGAAUCGUGCGCAUUGUUUCAUGCGGUCCCCGUCAUGCAACUGUUACCGAAAUCGGAGAAGGUUACAUGCGAAUUGACUUGCCCGGAAUUCGCUGGGGUAGUGACCCUGGAAAGCACGUUUAUGUCUAUUUCCCCAGUCUGAACCCGUUGCGGCCUUGGGAAAACCAUCCUUUUUCCGUCCUGCCCACGGCACUUCUACAGCCGUUGUCUUCAGAGUCAGCUGACUCGGAGAAUUGGACGCCACGCUCUCUCAGUGGAACCGAGGAGCCAAACGAUAACCAAAAGGGAGAAGCGAUAACACCUACGGUCAAAAGCAUAAACAGCUACCAUCCAACCAUCGGAGUCACACUAUACGUUCGAAAGUCCACUGGCACCACCAAAGCACUUUGCCCACAGAGCAGUCUGCUUACGUUCAUCGAAGGCCCUUACCCCAACAACUCAACGAGAGAGGUCCUUCGCUGUGAUCGACUGCUCUUGAUUGGAGGGGGCAUUGGAAUUACCGGCAUUCUUCCUUUUGCCACCAAUCAUUGGAAUGUAAAGCUUGCAUGGUCUGUAAAAGAGUCCGCCCGAUGCUUAGUCGAUGACUUGAAAGGGGCUUUAGAUCUGGUGAAAGAAAAGGAUGUACGAAUCGGCAGCAGAUUCAACCUCGAGAAGCUUCUGAAUGAGGAAAUGGAAACAGGAUGGGAUAAGGUCGGUGUUGUGGUUUCCGGGCCAGGCGUGCUUUGUGACGAUGCCAGAGCAGCUGUUGUGACGGCAGCAAGACUUGGAAAGACAAAGUUUGAGCUCGAAGUAGAGGCGUAUUCAUGGUAG